GUUCAAAAAUCACAAAAAAUUGCUAAAAAAAAUUCAUUUUGGGUUUUCCUUCUCAAAAUCACAGCUCUCGCCGGAAACAAAAAAUGGCACAAUCAAAUCCAGGUUUAAGAAGGCCACCAGGGUACACAGACCCAUCAGUACAAGCUCACAAGAAACCAACAAGUAUCCCAAGAUCACAAAUCCCUCCAUCGUUCCAGCCGAAGCGGAAACGUCGUUCGUGUUGUUGUUGCUGUUGUUGUACGAUAAUAAGUUUAAUUCUAUUCCUUUUGAUCAUCUUUGCGAUUUUCAGUACAUUGUUUUACGUUUGGUUUCAACCAAAACUACCUACAUUUCAUUUGCAAUCUAUCAAAACACCACAAUUCAACGUGUCUAUUACGCCCGAUGGAACGUAUCUUGAUGCUUUGACGGAUGUUAGGUUCGAAACAACGAACCCGAAUUCAAAACUGGAGUUUGCUUAUGAUGAUAUUGCGGUGAGGAUAUCGUACGAAGAUGAUGUCAAUUUAGGUACGGCGGUUGUACCGGCUUUUACUCAAGGGAGGAGGAACAUAACUACUCUGAAUUUUGAGACUAGUACUAAGCAUUUGUUGAUUGAUGAUGAUAUGGGAUUAAGGUUGAAGAAUCAAUUGCAUGAUAAUAAUAUGGUUGUUGAUGUUGAGGUUAAAACUAGAGUUGGUGUUGGUAUUGAGAGCUGGAAGUUGGGUAUGAUGGAUGUUAAGGUUGUUUGUGAAAACGUUCAAGUUAAGUCUAGUGGUGGUGCUAAUCCUAAAUGCAAAAUUAAUUUGCUCAAAUGGAUUAACAUUCAUUAGUUCGGCAAGCAACUCAAGGUGGAUUAUAGCUAGAGCUAAAUAGCAACUCUUCCAAAGUAUUUAUUUACAUUUUCUAUUGGUAAUCAAUUUAUUUUCGUUUUAUUUUCAUGUAUAAUUUAAGAUACCGAAAAAAGAAUAUAUAUAUAUAUAUAUAUCAAAUCAAGAAAAGAAAAAAGUGUUCCUGAAUGUGUAUAUUUUAUGAUUCAUGUAAUUUAUGUAUCGCUUAAAGUUAAUGGUAUAACGAGAUUUGCGUAUCUGCAUUAGACAA